AUGGAGCUAAGGCACUAUGCGCGUAGUGGGUCCCUCUCUGCCAUCAAAGGGUAUGCAAGUGCGCUGGAAGGGGCAGGCGGACAUCAAAAUCUCCUGGUCUGGACAACAGCACAGAGUAGAAAGCCUUCAAUUAUGACUCCUAGUAGUUGCUCCACUGGCGCUGCUCGUGGUACACCUUCACGAGGAUCCAAUGUGGGUUUUGCCCUUAACUUUGAUGAGCAGGUGGAGGAAGCAAGUGGAAGCCCGCAUCACGACCUCGCUACGAGGCCUAGUACUGCAGCAUCUGGAAAUCGACAUGGUCGCAGAAGUAAUACUGUUGGACGACUAGCACUCGAUCUAGAAGAUAGGAGGGAAGAGCAGUGGUCGCAGCAGGAGAAAUGGGGGAUGGAUGGCGUAGUUAGAGAUAGCAGGCUCCAUUCUCGAGAGGAACAGGACCGAUUUGCAACUUCUCCUAUUGACCUGGUAGUUGUACCCGAUGUAGUAAAUACGAAGUCUUCUUCAACAAGUCUGCUGACGCGAUCGACGUCCUACGGUAGUCCGAACAGUAGUGGAGUCUCCCUUCUUCCCUUAUGGCUCAUUUAGUGUGGUGCAUCAUGUGAGGAUGAGGAAAAAGCUUCUAUCGCUAAUUCCUUCUCGGCGAAGAAGAACCGAGUCGCAGGACGAGUCCGUGGCCACGCAGGAAAGCCCAGACAGCAGUGAUCGCGUCGAUCGCCUGGAUCUUGAGGAUGUUGACAAUAUUAAUAUGCCGCAACAACUGCCACAUCAAGUGUCAUCGUCUUCUUCUUCUCCUCUUCUUAAGGCUAGUUUUUCAGUAUCUCAGGUACACUAUGCAGCUGAGUGAGCUGUCACUUGAUGUAAAGGGGAGCACAAUGAGGGAGGAAAAUGGGAACUCACUCAACCAGGCAUAUUCUAAACCUAGCGCUAAUCUCGCUCGAUCAGGACAACAUGGCACGACCAUUCAGAAAUCCUUAUCAGACAAUACGCCUACGUGUCUUGCUCUCGGUCAUGUCUUAUCCCAAAGUACAAAGCGGGCUGGGACUCGCCUCUUCCAUCAUCUCUCAAGGAGCCCUUCACCCUUGUCCAGGACUACUAGUAGAGAAACUACUGAGGGAAGUGGAGCAGUGGUAGAAGGACCCGCCGGUAGUCAAGGAGUACUACUCGGGAUGCCAACCAAUCAAGUAGAAGGAAGAAGCAGUGAAACAGAAGACCACGACACUUAAGGCUCACUUAUUUUCAUCUUCUUGAGAGGCAUCUUUGGGCCCCUUUUUAUGCGUCAAAGAUGCGCUUCAAGAUGAAUAUCGGCCAGGUCUAAGACAUCUUGGGAGAUCAAGGACAGAUUUGGACACUAGAUGGGUUGGAGGAUACAAGAACUAUGACUGAAGUAGAAAGAGACAAACCAUCAGGAGGACGAAGCGACGCAAGAGCAAUAGAUCUUGAUCUUGUUCCAAGCUCUCGCACAACUACGAUUGGCGAAACUACAACAGGUGGCUUGCAGAAGACCUCCAAGAAAGUCGUAGACUUUGUGGCAACGUUACAGAGGAUCGCUUUAUGCGAGAGCUGCAGUCCAAUAGACCGAAUUAUUGCCUGCGAAGCCCUAGGCAGCCUUUCGCAGCGAAAGAAUGAGCGUGCCGUACACGUUCUCAUCGAUCUGUUACUCCGAGGUCUGCGAAUGUCGUCUCACCUCUUCAGCGUCGAUAUGGACACGAGCUCGUUAACUCGUCACGCCGGACCAACAAGAGAACCUCCUAGUACUGCUACUUGGAGCAGCACAGGACCCGCUUCAUCUGGUUCCAGACCGACGGCCGCUGGAGUCUCAACGGGAACAACGACAGCAAGAUCUUCCUCCUCCGGCACAGCUGCUAUCGCUGGCGCCACUCAGCCAUCUGUGGAUCUAGCGGAGCUUAUACGGGAUAUCAACCGUCCACUCUUUUCCUCAAGCACUGCGAGUGGCGAAGAAGAGGUUGUGGUUAAGGAACAAGAUGAACUGCUACUGAGCGAUUCCUUCAAGGACAGCGCGAUGUCUUUAUCAGAGUACUUAGUCCUUUCGUACAAUUUUGAUUUUCUGAAUUCCUACUAAUAACGGAACGCCAUCAAGAGCCGCAUCUUAUCAAUAUUCCUCUUUUUAUACUCUUUCUAAGAACUACUACCAAGCUGACCUUCUGAGGUCUCCUGCUCGCGUCCGAGAUGUAUCGACAGAAGAUCAUGCAGCUCAUCUUCGUAGGCACCAUCGACAAAACCAAAGUGAUCGCGAUCAGCAUGCCUUUGACGAGCUUCUUGAACUGCAGAGGUCUGUUGACGAAAGGAUGGCGCAGCGAGGAUGGAUAAUGGCGCCUCCUGCUCGGGAGGACACUAUAGCUGGCGCAAGGACCGUGGAGCCUCCGCUUCGCAAUGAAAGAGAUGCCGUAGGACAAACGACAGGCGCUGACGACUCACGUCUUGGCCCUCGACACCCUUUUAUGGCUGAAGGCGAGACGCCAUAUAAUGGCCGCGCUGGUAGGACUGUUACGAGUAUAAUGAUAAUCAUAAAUGUUCUUACGGUCAUAAUGAUAAUCAGAAAAUGGAAAUAUUAUCCAUACUACAACUGGUUCUGGUAACAUUAUCCUUUUUAAUGCUAAGAAGACCAUAGUACACUAGGAACUACGUUGACGUUCUACUUAGCACCCGCGUUUCAGAGUCUUUGUCUAAUGGCUGGACAACGGCUUUUGCAACAGCACAGGGUAUGGCAGUAGGCCGUCGGCGCCUACUACUAAGUGGCGACGGGCGGGAAGAAGACGCACCAGAAGGAGCAGUGCAGGCAGGAUCAAUCCUUGCUGGGCUCGUUCGAGAUAGAGCAGCUACACCUGCCGGAGGCAGCGAAGAAAUGUUGGUUAUGCCAAGCAGGCUCGUGCGUGAACAAGCAGGUGUUGGAGGUGGCGUUGAUCCGAGGACCGUUGCCUUGAGGAACCCACCAUAUCGACCACAGCACGACAUAGGUACAGAGGUAGAUGAUGAUCUCGAUGGGGACCAAGACGUAGAGCACGUAGAAAAUGCAGAAGAAGGUUCUGAUAUGGGAAGAGGUCAUAACAACGAGCUCCUUCGGCGUAUCUAUGAGGAUCGAAUCCGUCCUGCUGCAGCGCGGGAACUUGGCCGUGCGCGCAUCUGCGUUUCUCAGGCAGUACAGGCAUUGCAACUUAGGGAAGAAGUUUCUUCUAGUGGAUCUAGGUUGUAAGAUCAAACUUCUGGAGUAAGUACGUUAAUGACUGAAUCGUGCGUGGUUCUGCAAUGGCGCCACGCCCUGAUUAGCUACUACCAAUGAAAAGUCAGAUUUAUUCUUGGGAACUUCAAAACUGAAACUUCUAACAAUCGCUGCGACGUCCCAAACUGCCUUCGACCUGCAUGUCAAGCCUUGCUACGCCUUGCCUUGGAGGAACCGCAAGCUGUGGAUAUUCUGCUCACGCGUGGCGUGCUCAAUCGCGUCGCGGGAGACGCAUCUGACGUACUUACCGAUACUUGUGUUUUUCUGAUCUUGCUAUACACAUCUCGUUGUACCUCCCAUGAUUUGUUAGUAAGUAUCUAGGUUGUAGGUAUACGUUAUUUGUUAGUAGGUAUACCUAUACCUACGUAUACUGGAUAGAUAAUAAAUAUCUGAUCCGACCGUAUUUAUAUUCCCAGACCUCUUUUCGACGUCACAAAUUCCUUCACGACCAAUUUUUACAGCUUCGAAGUGAGCUAGCGACGGUCCUGGGUGAGUCGCGUGACCUGCAUCCCCAGACAGUGGCUUAUCUUUAGGGCUAUCCACGAGACAUAUACUGUGACUGAGGAAAAGGCAACCUUCGAGUAGAAUCGAAUCAUCAUACUAUGAUCAAAGACUUCGCGUUCGCCUUCGUCGACUUUCAUUCCACUGCAAAAUUUUUACAACUCUAGACAUCAUUUUCAAUAUCGACAAUUUUACUCUAGACAUGAUUAGUUUCCAUUCUCUACAAUUUGAUUUUUGGUUUUCAUCUGCACGUCUAUCAUGCACUCAUCUGCAUUCAUCCAUCUCGUGGUUCUAAUCCAAAUCCCGAGAAGCAGUAAGAGAAGCAGUAAGUGGGUGGUUAACUGGUGCCCCAGCACGUCGCUCGCUAGGAAAUCUGGCUGGGCGUGGGAUCGAAAGUGCGAGGCAAGCUCUAGUGGAAAUUGCAAACGACCCAAUUGUGCCUUCGUUAACGUAGAAAUCUAUGUGCGUUUUUUUUCUAUUAGAAGGUGUAGAUGCUAGAAAUUAGAAUCAGUACUCAUUAGAUGAAACUAAAACUUGUAGUUGCAUACUGUUAUUGAUUCUUUCAUUCUCCUGUUUAUUUGUAAUCCGUUAUGUGCCAAGAACGUGUUUUGCCAAACCAAACAACAGGCGUCGAGGUGCUGUUGCAAAUCUAGGACGAGCAGCGCUGCAGUUGGUUCGUGAACCUGGCGCAACAGGAGAAUCGUCUAGUAAGCGACAGGAGAAGCGACAGGAAGAUGUUGAAGGUUCUCUUGUUCUUGAGAUCGAUCCACCACCUCCACCGCCAACAAGGUCAGUCAGUUCUGCGCUGUGCCUCCGUGGGCAGACGGUUGGGCGAAACCUGAAGGUUCCAGAUCAUCAUGGUCCAAUUUGGAUUAAGGGCAACAUUUAUUAGUGGCCAUCUUUCUCGGCAUCUUGGUACUCGAAACGUAAAAAUAAGCGACUCAAAGUCAUAGACAAGGUGUACAAGGACCGAGACAAUGCUCGUUUCUAUGUUCUCGAGACGGUAAAGAACAGAGUCAUUUCGUUGGGCUCUUGUUUCAGUAUCUCGCCUAUUUUAAGUAGUUGCUUGCUUAUUUCAGUUUAUCGAAUAGAUACCUUUUGUUCCCCUGUAUUUUGCUCAUGAAAUACGAGGGAUUAAGAUGAGGUCGCGACUUUUCUUGAAUCUACCAGACUCUAAUUGGAGUAGACAAAGCACUCGCGGAAGUUCGGCUGGUGCGGAUUUGGAAAUCAUCACUUCGGCAACCUCGACGGAAGAGGAUGGGGAUCAUGGGGAUGUGGUCUAUUUAUGGACGAGAUUUAUUAUGUGGGUUAUUGAGAAAGACUUUUAAGUACGUAGUAGCUUGGCUUGAAUUUCAAGUAAGACGUUAGCUGUGUAGAAGUUCCAAGGACCGCCUUUUUUCAACACGACGCUCUCUAUCAUUGACAGAAGUUGUUGUGCCAUGCGAUCAGUGUGAAUUUGUGAACACCUAAUGCGAGUCCCUCCUUGUUCAUUAUUUCGACCGAUGUUAGCAGCAUCAGCGGAAGAAGAUGGCUGUACUACAAGAACAACGGAAGAAGACUACAAUACAAUCUACUCUCAGCCGGUGCUUGACAUUGUCCAUUUCUUGGCGAAUCGAGCUGCGCGUGACGAGAAUGAACGAGUCCGAAAAGCUGCUGUUUCAGCACUCACAGACAUUGCGGGGGAGGCGAAAGUUAUGAUCAUUGGAUAGGAUGAUGGAGUCCUGAGAAGCUUCUCCAUAUACAUAGGAUUUCAAUGUGACACUAGUAGGAGUAGUGAUACGUGUUUGAUAGUCGACGUAGCAUCUGAACUUGAAAGGCGUCGUUUUAUUCGUAGGAUCGGAAUUUGUAUUUGAGAAAAAUCAGAAUAUGUACCAAGGGCCUCGCGUACUCCUACUCGUUCUUCGCUAACAACAAGAGCCUCGAAGCCGCAGGUGGUGCUACCGAAGCGAUUCUGGUUCUGCUCGGGUCCUGUGAGCACAAGGAUGUGCGAGAGUAUGCAGCGCAGUUCGUGCUUUCCAGGAUGUAGACUUGGUACAGAAUGUUAGAUCCGAAGGUUAGUCAUCUUAGUAGAGCUAUAGAAAUAGAAAUACUCCAGCAUAAAAAUCGAUACUAGAUUCUUGAGAAUCUUUGUUUAAGAGGUACAGCUACAGAAGAUUCACCCUUAGACUUUAUGUCAUUUAGAAAGAGCUUCGCCUUCUGCAGAGCGUGUGCACAAGAGCGAUCGCGUUCGUCAGUCUGGUGUAUUCAGUUUUGAAAAGAUUCAACUUCAGGGAACCUGUCAGAUUCAAAAUUUUGUAGUUUUUGCUAAAAAUUAAACCCCAGAAUCUUGGUCCUUCUGGAACAAGAAAAACAUUUUCGCAUUAUAGGCGGUUAGUGAUCGAUAGCAAGAGCAUCAUGCAGCUGCAUACGUUUUAACUGUUUAGGAAUAAAGUCGUUUUUCUAUGACGUUCUAUCCUUCGCAACAUUGGGGUACCUGUAGUUGCUUGUCAUAAGCAUAAGGGUCACAAACUGUUAUCGACAAUUAUAUAUUAUUAUUGAUUUUUGUAGACGUUUCCGGUUUGAGAUAAUGAAUAAUUCGAUAAGAAGGUCGGUAGUUGUCUUACCUGUGUCAUCGGUUUAGAUGUUGUGAGACCUCAAAUUUUCAUCAUACUGUUCUUCUUAUCGAUUUUUGAGAAUAUAGAAGCACCUGCUUGGUCUGCUUUGAUCGCUCUGUCAUGAGCGAAGUUGUACUCAUUCUUGAAGAACGCGACAUCGAAAAAAAAAUCACAUUCUUUCAUCAAUGAGUUUCGAAAAACCUUUCAUA